CGACUGAGUGGAAUGGGAAAGUCCUUUGAGUAAGAACGACAGUGUCGUCUUGUGUGAUCUUGUGCCGUGUUCGGAAUUGUUUUAUCGUUUAUGCAUCAUUCUCUAAUAAUUAACAAUUCAAAUUAUAGUUACUUUGUCGUAUAGUUCUUGUAAAGUGUUAAAUAAACAUUAUGAGGAUUUGGAGAUCAGAACACACAUUUAACCACACAUGGGAGACCGUGACACAGGCAGCUUGGAGAAAAUAUCCUAAUCCAAUAAAUUCAUCGAUUAUUGGAACGGACGUUAUUGAUAGGAAAGUUAUCGAUGGAAUUUUACACACACAUAGACUGGUUUCCUCUCGUUUUGGGUUCCCAAGGUGGGCUCAAGCAUUAAUCGGUCAUGCCAAAAUCUGUUAUGCCAGUGAAAAAAGCGAGGUUGAUCCUGUCAAUCGGGAGAUGACACUCAAAACAAGAAAUUUAACCUUUUGCAAUCACAUUGCAGUGGAUGAGACUGUCAGAUAUACACCUCAUCCAAAUGAUCCAGAAAAAACUUUACUCCAACAGGAAGCUGUGGUUACUGUUAGCGGUGUACCACUUACACAUUAUAUGGAAGAAUUAUUAACGUCUAAAAUUUGUUUUAAUUCUGGCAUGGGUCGUCAAGCAAUGGAAUGGGUCAUCGAGAAGUUACAUUUAGAAGAAUUCGAUGAUCUUUUAAGCCAAACUGUUCGUCAAUUCGACGAUUUAACAACUAAAACCAGACGUGGAAUGGACGACCUACAAAGUGCUAUCAAAUCAUUCGACGAGAUUCACAAUCUUACGAGUAAUCCAUCGUCCCAAUCUAUGCCGAAAUUUUAGCUAUGGUUUCGCGUAAGCUUCAAUCUCUUUAAUUGAUUUCAAUUAAGGUACUUGAGAAUUAGAAUGGGGGAUGAAUAAAAGGGUUCACACAAGCAAGAGAAUUCAAUGAAACGAUGAAGAUGAACAUGAAGAUGAAGAAAAGGAAGAAAAAAGGGAAAAGAAAAAUAAGAAGGUGGAUCGAAUUAUUGAAAAAUCAGACAACACAAUAAAAAAAUUAAACCCUGUAACUCUCUCAAAUACCCAAACCUCAUAAAUAUAAUUACAGGGUUGUGGUAUUUUCUUUCGUGCCUUUAUCUGAACACACAUUUUUUUUUUCCAGUGCAAAUCUGUUUAGAUAUGAUUUGUUUUUUUAUUAUUAACAACAAUAAUAAUAAUAAUAAUAAAAUGGGGUGAAUAUAUGACGAGUUAGAUGAUCUUAAUCACAUUAGGGUUGUCAAAUUAAUACAAAGAUUUUCUUUUGUUACAUCAUGCGACAAUUUGACGAUAUUGUUUUAUUUUUUAUUUAUUUUUGUUGUUGUUGUUGUGACGUGCUGAUAAUUGUAACAGUGGAUUCAUUGUCAAGUCAAGCAGGAUUAUGAUAUGAGGGAUUUGUAAAUUGAUUUUAAUAUCUUUCUUUUUUUUUAUGUAUCAUAUCUAAUAAAAAUAAAUAGUAAAAUGAA